GUUUGAGAUGCCCUGUUGCAGUGUUGCUAGCUGUCUUCAUACUGUGUCAUUUGUCCGGCACCAAGAAUUGCAGCUUGUUUUCACUCCUUUCCUGCUACUACUUUCCAUUCAUUGAGCUAGAAGCCUAGAGCUGAUAUGAAUUGAUCUCUCUGAGGAUUAAUCUACAAGCAUCACUGAUAGCAACAAUCAUAUGAUCCUGAUCUUCAUAAUGGUGAUUCAUGAUGCUCUGGUUGCGCGCAAUAUCAACCCUCUCAGCAUUAUCCAAUCACCAUUUCUCCUAGACCAAAGACGACCAAGUAACAACCUUACUAAUAGUGAGCAGAAGUGUUUCCUGUGGUCCUGCCUCUCCAAAUCCUGCAUCCUGAAACAGGGAAACCUAUAGCACAUGACCACGAUUCAUCACAUCGUCCCUUUGCAUUCCACAAGUAUCCCAGAUGCAGCACAAAUCUGGGGAACUAGAGAGAUAGCUGCAGUGCAGAGUCCUCGAUGUGGCAUUUCGUCGAACAUGAGGCCUGCCACCCGACGGCAACGGUUCCGUAAGCCGAGCUCGUCAGGGAAAAGGAAGGCCUCAAUCCCAGAUCUCAGCAACCGGGAAAAGUGAGAGUAGUUGAAGCGUGAGCCAGUGCAGCGCGCGGUGGAUGACAGGGGACCGCUGCAGGGGACUGGGCGACUGGCCGGCGCGAUCGCGGCCGCGGCCGCUCAGGGGUGAAAACAUAGCGUGGCAUCGUCCGUGGAGUGGUGACUCUCUGACGUGUGGGCCAGCACAACGAAACUACCAUUGAUGACUGAUCAGCUGCGCAGGGAGAAGCGCUACAUCAAGACUGAGGCUUCUCAGGGACUAAACUUAGUACCCGUCGCAUUAAAGAAAAUCUUGGUAUUUUAGGGUGUUAAAUAAAAUUUGUUGAUAAAAACUUUUUGCACAGAUGGAUGCUAAUUCGUAAGACGAAUCUACUUAGACUAAUUAAUCCAUGAUUGCUAUAGUGAAGCUACAGUAACCAUCCACUAAUUAUAGAUUAAUAUACAUCAUUAAAUUCGUCUCGCCGUUUAGCCCCGAGUUUCUACAAUUAAUUUUCUAAUUAGACUUCAUUUAAUAUUUUAAAUACUAAGAUUUUCUUUGAUGUGACAUAAUUUAAAGUUUAACCUCUGGACCCAAACAUGUGUGAUUUUUUAGUUUCAGCCAUUAAGUCCAGUCACAUCGCAUGUUUAAAUACCAAUUAGAAAUACUAAAUAUAAAUUUAUUAUUAAAUUAAUUUCAUAAGUCAUGGCUGAAUCAUGAGAUAUAUCUAUUAAAUCUAAUUAGUUCAUAAUUUAAUAACUAAUUGCUAUAGUAACCAUCUGCUAAUCAUGUAUUAAUUAUAUUUAAUAGAUUCGUUUAGAGCCCUAAUUAUAACUUAUGUAAUUAAUUUUAUAUUAAGUUGAUAUCUGAACAUUCGAAUUGACAUCGAGCAUUCGAUGUGACAGCUAAUUAUUAAAAGGCUAAUUGAAAAUUUUCAGGAUAUUAUAGUCUUAGUUUGUCUACUUUAUGGUGUCGAUGAUACAGGCAAUAUUGCUAUCAUGUCAUGGUACCUAACAUUUUGAGAUUAUCUAUAGGAUGGUGUUGUUUAAUCAGGUGUUGGCCCCAAGUUCAGUCAGGUGCUUCGUGCUCGCUGAAAAAAGUUCAGUUCCCGGUAUGUCACCAUAAUGGGCAGCAUCUUUUUUUUUAUCUAAAAAAAAAGAUCCGGUCAGAUUCCAGCUUUUGCAUUGAUAAGAAGAAACAGUUUUACAGACGGAGAAAGCGCAUGUCACCAAACAAGGUUCGAUGGAGCAGACCGCCCCAACAAAAAUGGAGAAUAAAAAUUUAUCCACUGCUCCCUCCGUCCCAAAAGAAUGCAAUUUUCACAAAACGAGAAAUCAAACAAUUUCAAAAUAACCAAAUUUGUACCAAAAAAUUACUAAUAUUUAUCUUUUAUCCCACCACAGAAUCAAUUCUUGCCUGCAUGCAUUGCAGAGACCUGUUGAGGAAUAGAAUAGCUAAGCGCGUCGCAGCCUGGUGUUCAUGGCCAUUGGCCAACCAAGACUUGAAAAGGGUCGAAGGUUCACACACACUAUCGAGCCGUUGACGGCCAGUCCACUCCAUGUCCGUGGCCUGGUCUUCCAUGGAAGGGCACACGAAUAAUUGGUGGGGACGAUAGCUACAGUUGGAGUUGAUAGCUGGCCAUGCUCGCAUGUCGGUGAUCAAAUCAUCAGCAGAGAGACUGGGGCAAGGUCCAAGAACACAAAACUGAAAACCCCACUCGGUGCUUGAGGCGGCUCGCACACGCUGAUGCUCGCAUGGCGAUUCCCCGGUUGCUCCUCCUGCUGCUGCUGCCGCUCAUGCCGGUGAUGCAAGCGCAGCCGGGGCCCUUAGGCUACCCUGCCGCCACCGUCCCGAGCAGUUGGGUCAACAGCCCAUCCCUGCAGCACGCUGUCAACUUCACCGACGGCUCCGGCGUCCGCGCGCUCCUCCUCAGCAACCUGUACGACGUCUACCAGGGCCCGUCCUUCGCCGCGGGCUUCUACUGCGCGCCUCCCUGCGACGCGUUCCUCUUCGCCGUCUACAUCGUCAACGCGAACAGCGGCGGGGCGUGGUGCUGCCGCGGAUCGGGAUGGCCCAGGUCGUCUGGGCCGCCAACCGUGGCCGCCCCGUCGGGGAGGGAGCCACGCUCAGCCUCACCGCCGCCGCAGGCCUGGUCCUCCGCGACGCCGACGGCAGCCUUGUCUGGUCCGCCGAUGGCUCCUCCGGCGAGGCGGUGGCCGGGCUGACGAUCACCAGGUCCGGCAACCUGGUGCUGCUCGAUGGCAACAACGCGUCGGUGUGGCGAUCCUUCGAUCACCCGACGGAUUGCCUGGUUCCUGGACAGAUUUUGGCAGAAGGGAUGGUGCUGACACCAAACAUCUCGACCACCAAUUUUACUGCCAACGAUCAGCUGCACAUCACCGUCCGAGAUGCGGGCCUGUACGCCUAUGCCGGAUCCAGCCCGCCUCAACUCUACUACCCAGAUCACACUACCGGAAACCCACCCUUUGCCGAGACAAAGCCUAAGUACGGAUCAAGCUACAUUGCGUUCAUCAACGGGAGCCUCAUCUCCUCUUUCAAUUCCUCUUCGACCGUCAGUGCCGGCGACGUAUUGAUCGAUCUGGCUCCUCCUCGAUCACUGCAAUACAUGAGGUUUGAGACUGACGGGCACCUGAGGUUGUACGAGUGGCAGAACGGCUGGGCAGUUGUGCAGGACGUCCUUGGUGCAGGGGACUGCGCCUACCCAACAGUCUGUGGGCAGUAUGGUUUAUGCAACAACGGGCAGUGCUCUUGUCCUUCCGAAGACAAUUCUAACCUGGCCUACUUCAGGCCAGUUGACAACCGGAGGAUCAAUCUUGGCUGCAUGCCUGUGACUCCAAUUUCUUGUGCGUCGAUGCAGGACCACAAGCUCCUUGCUCUAAGUAAUGUUUCUUACUUCAAUUAUGUAGAUGCCGAUUUGCCUCAGAUGAUUGAUGAAGAGAGUUGCAAGAAGGCCUGCUUGCGGAACUGCUCCUGCAAGGCUGCAUUCUUUCAGUACUUCGGUAACAACACUUCUCAAGGCUCAUGUUACCUGCCAACACAAGUCUUUUCCUUGCAAGUAAAUCAGUUGGAAGUAACGCACUAUAGCUCUUCUGCAUACCUUAAGGUGCAGAUCACACAGCCAUCCCCUAGUCCUAGACGUCCUAGUCCCUCGAAUUCAAAUGGUGUGGUGAAUAGGUCCACACCCACAGGAAAGAGAAGGAUUGUUGCUGGCGCAAUUGCUGGUUUCACAGUAGCAGGAGUAUCUUUACUUGCUGCGAUCAUCACUAGAUUAGUGGUUUCUUGGAGGCGAUAUCAGCAUAGAGAUGAUGACGAUGAAUUUGGAGAAGUACCAGGUAUGACUACUAGGUUCACAUUUGAACAGUUGAAAGUAGCAACCAGGCAAUUUAGCAAAUUGCUCGGGAAAGGAGGAUUCGGAUCAGUUUUUGAGGGUCAGAUAGGAGAGCACAGAGUUGCUGUAAAACAGCUGGAUCGGGCUGGUCAGGGAAAGAAGGAAUUCUUGGCAGAAGUUGAGACAAUCGGAAACAUUCACCAUAUAAAUCUAGUGAGAUUGAUUCGCUUCUGCGCCGAGAAAUCUCAGAGACUCCUAGUGUAUGAAUAUAUGUCGAAAGGAUCAUUAGACAACUGGAUCUAUUUCCGAGAUGCGAAUAGGCCUCUUGAUUGGCAAACGAGAUGCAGGAUUAUCACCGAUAUCGCCAAGGGCCUAGCUUAUCUUCAUGAAGAGUGCCGGCAGCGAAUUGCUCAUCUGGAUAUCAAACCACAAAAUAUCCUCUUAGAUGACAACUUCAGUGCAAAACUUUCUGAUUUUGGUCUAUCUAAGAUGAUUGACAGGGAUAUGAGCCAAGUGGUUACAAGAAUGAGAGGCACUCCUGGAUAUUUAGCUCCUGAGUGGUUGACAUCACAAAUCACUGAGAAAGUUGACAUAUACAGCUUCGGUGUAGUAGUCAUGGAAAUUAUCAGCGGGAGAAAGAACCUUGAUUAUUCCCAACCCCAAGAAAACGUUCAUCUCAUUAGCAUAUUGCAAGAGAAGGCAAGGAAUGAUCAGUUGGAAGAUUUGAUUGGUAUGAAUGGCGAUGAAAUGCAAAUUCACAAAGAAGAACUGAUCCAGAUGAUGAAGCUCGCCAUGUGGUGUUUGCAGAUUGAUUACAACAAGAGGCCUCAAAUGUCAGUUGUUGUCAAAGUAUUGGAAGGUACAAUGAAUGUGGAAGCUAAUAUAGAAUUUAACUUUGUAGCUACUGCUCCAGGCAACCUUGGCAAUGAUAGGAAAUUUUCUUCAUCAGCUCCACUUCUAGCCUCACAUUUAUCAGGUCCUAGGUGAAAUGAACCUUCUGGGCAAAGAUCACAUACAGAAUAUUUGCAUGCCCAGAAUCAACCAUGCUUUUGUUGCACAAAACAAUAUAUUCUGAUGUACUUGGAGGUUUUCCAGUAGUUUUCUCACAGGAAUAUCAAAAUACCAUUAAGUUUUUUUUUUGUAUGGACUGGAUGAAGGAUAUAGAUCCAUUGUUGGGGUGCCAAUUUAAUUUU